CAUUUCGUGAUUUAUACUCACCUGAUAGUACAUUACAUUAGGAUUUAUCUCCGCAUAUUACGUUCAAUCCGCCUAAUAAAAACCAAGCGUCUAACUACACUGAUCAUCACAUGAUCAUUAGACGCUCUGUAGAAGAACUACAGAACCCCAGUUUAUUCUCGGCGUUCAAAACGUUCACAUCGUGUUAUGAAACUAUUUUCUUGUGUGAUUAUAGGACUUUUAUUUUGGACUUUUAUUGUAAGUUUGUUUUUUGUUAAUUCUAUCAUGAAUAGUGAAGCUAUUUCUUCUGAUUUGGUGGAAGAAAAUUUAUCGGAAAGUUCAGUUUCUAGAACUUCCGGUUUGUCAUCUUCGGCAAAGAAACGCACUCCACGUGCGAGUAAGAAAGAUUUAGAUUCUUUACGUAAAGAUGUUACCGAUUUUAAAGGUGAAGUUUCUUCUUUACAUGCUAAAUUUGAUCAGCUCAUGGGUUUUAUGACCAAGAAUAAUUCGGAAACUGUCUUGCAGAGACCGAGUACUUCUGACACUCAGGAAAACUUCACUUCUGGUGAGAGUAGACCUGUGCCAUUGAGGGAUAACACCGCUCCAGGUGGUAGUAGACCCUUGUUACCUCUUACUAAUUCAUUGAACAGGGAUUACAAUAUUCCUGAGGAUGAUGUUCUCUCUUUGCAACCAGGACAAAGGGAGCGUUCUGAAUUAGGCAUUGACUCAGACGAGGACGCCCGGUCUCGUGCUAGUGUUGAAAUUGUUGACGCUGAUGGCAUUCCACAGCCAGAUAGGUUUACUAAAUACAGUUCUAAGACUGAGAAACUGUUAGCACAAAUGUUUGGUGAAGAUGCACUUACUAAACCAGACAAAGAUACUUCAGGGUUGCUUAUUGAUGACAGUCAAGUUACAGUACUUAAGGAGUCAUGGCGCAGCUCAGACCCUUCUAGAAUUUCAGCCUAUAAAGACAUUUAUAAGUCAACAUUUCCUGUAAGUGACUCUGCAGAAGAUUUGUUGCAAGUUCCAAGUCUUGAUACCAUAGUAGAAUCACUGUUGAUGAAGAAAUAUGGUAGUAAAGCAGCUUCGAAGUCUCAAUCUCUGUAUUCACAACCUCUCAAAGCUCUUGAGAAGAUAGCAUUUCAAGGUCAAUGUGCAGCACGUAUGGGCAUUAUUAUUAAUUUAUACAUACAACAGGCGUUGGGAAAUUUAUUGUCGUUUACACAGGAGAAUUCUCUAAAUGUAGACAAAAUCAUACAGUGUGUUAGAGAUAUCUUUGCGAUGUCUACAAAGUCAUUGGAUCAAAUUUCUCGUUGUGGUGCUUUUCACCAUUUAGUAAGAAGAAAGGCAGCUUUAGCUGACACAGGCUUACAUGAUCUUAGAGACAUUAAGGAUCAUUUAUGGACACUUCCUUUGUCCCAUACAGGAGUGUUUGGGGAUGGUAUGGAAAAGAAGUUAAAAGAUAGGAAAGAGAUGAAUUCUCAAUUGUCAGAUCUUUUACCAGAGGUAGGGCGCAAGAGGAAGUUUCCAGAUUCUACCUCUUCAAAUCAGUGGAAGAGACCACGGUUGCCUAAUCAGACUUUUGAAAGUCGUCCUGCCAGGAGUCAAUUUCCGAGCUACAGACAGCCACAGAGGCCCAAUAGUAGUAAUUUUACCAUACCUAAGGUGGUAAAAUCACAGCCUAAAACAUCUAAUCUAUCACGACAUUCAGGAGAGCCAGUGACCUUCAAGCGCUAAAAUUAGGAGAAGGAGCUAUAUCUGUGAAGGCAGAUGGGGUAACUUUUAUCAGACAAGGUUUGGCUAAACAGGAUAGACCUGGUCAUUCAUCAGCAAAAAUUUUUGUACCAGCUUUCAAGACCAACAAAUUACUUGAUCCUAAAAGAGCACUU